AUGAAAAAACUGAAAUUAUCUUGUUGUUCUUCAAAGUGGUCAGAAAGUGAGAAAGAGGUUGCUGAAAUCCUUCGUGAUUUAUACCGUAUUUCAUUGUUGAGCAGUAUUCCAUUAAGUUGGAUAUGUAAAAGAAAGAGAUCAUUCAUUCAAAACAACACUUCUCCUUCUCCAAAUAAGCGACUCUGUACUUUUAAUCGCGUCGUUCUCAAAGGUGAAGCUUCAAGUAUCAAACACUCGAACAUCACUAUUUCUCUCAAAAAGAAAAAGGAAUCAUCUCUUAAAACUAUUCAAGAUUUGACGGAAACCAAAAGUUUGCUCCAUCAAGAGAUAGAGAAUGUGAAGAAAUAUCAUAUUCAGCUCAAAAUUUUCAAUCUGAACUUGAAACUAAAGAAGCAAGAGUUAUUAUGUAAAUCAAAUUUAGAAAAUCAAUAUAAAGUGCAAUUGGAUGAUGAAACUAAUGGUUUGGUCAAAACUUCAGAGUCAACCGGCGAACAUAAAGAGCAAAAAAACCAACUGCAGAAUAAUGGGCCUUUUUCUAUUGAACUGGGCCAAAAUAAUAAUGGCCCAAUAGAGAUAUUGCAGCAGCUCAGGCUAGACAGAGAAGGCUUAAUAUUAGAGAACAAAGAGAAAACAGAUGGAAAAAAUAAAAAAAUAAUAGAGAGAGAAAACAAGACAAUUAUUAUAGCUCAAGAACAGAAGUAA